AGGAGGGAGUGCCAUCAGGGAGAGCUAUGCUCAGCAGAAGACUCACAUCUGCUCCUGCAGCACACACCGCCUGUCACUCCGCUGACUGCAGCUUCGCUGGGAUUCUUCUUCAUGGCCAGACUACUGAAAAGCUUCAGCAUCCUUCUGAUGAGACAGAGGGGGAUGUCACUUGUCACCGGGAGCAGAGCCUGGAGCACAGCUAGGAUGGUGCACUCAGAUGCUGGAUCCCUUACAAGGUACGACGAGGCCAUUGUUUCUACUGACUGGCAAGAGAAACUGACUCCGGAGGAGUACUAUGUGACCAGAGAGAAGGGGACCGAGCUGCCUUUCAGCGGCAUCCAUCUGAACAGCACAGAAGAUGGCGUGUAUCACUGCGUGUGCUGCAAAGCUCCACUCUUCAGUUCGGAUAAGAAGUAUAAUUCUGGAACUGGCUGGCCAUCCUUUUAUGAAGCACACGGAACUGAUGGGGAGGAUGAAAGCAAUUCCAAUGUACUAAGACGUCCUGAUAACUCUUUGGGGAGCAUGGGAACCGAAGUCAUUUGCAAAGAGUGUGAUGCCCACCUUGGUCACGUGUUCGAUGAUGGCCCCGCCCCCACGGGUCAGAGAUUCUGUAUUAACAGUGUUGCACUGUGUUUUAAGCCAAGCUAGAUGAACGGAAGCUCAGCUGAGAGAAUUAUUUUUAGAAAUGUAUUUUGUGUGUCUGUAACAUUUUUGUCUUCAUUGCUGGUUUACUGGACUACCUGAUCUUGAAUUUUUGUACAUAUCCGUUUUAUUGUUUUGUCCAAUGUUUUUGGGUUUAUUCACCAAACAGUGAAAAUUGUAGAAAACUAAGUUAACAAAUCAAAAUGCACGUUACAGCAGUCAGAUAAGUACAAAAUGUAUUCUGAUUGGUUGCUCUCAGGUUUGAACUUACCACUUGGCUACUUACAUUUUUGUUGAGUAGACCUAGCUGUGUUUCGUGUGUAAAAUUAUAAUUUUUAUCAUAGGAAAACAAAAAAAAUGGCUAUAAUUCUGGGGGGG